GAACUCAAACAUAUAUACAUUCACAACACAUCUUCUCAUUUCUUACAAGCAAACAAUUAAUCAAAUAUCUCAAAAACCAAACCAUGUCGAAAACAAGCUUUCUUAGCUUCCAUGGGAUGACACCAAAGAAGUCGUCAUCCUCCUCCUCCUCUUUCAAACCAUCAUCUCCUCUCCCCGAAAACCAACUCCAAAGCGUCGAAACCUAUCAUCCCACGACCGAAGAAAUCAAGAAAAUCUUCAACAAAUUCGACAUCGAUGGAGAUGGAAAGAUUUCAUUGGGAGAAUACAAAGAAGCCCUAAAAGUCCUCGACUCGGCCGCGGCCAAAGUUGAUCAUGAAGCCGUGCAAGAAGCAUUUGGCGCGGUGGAUGUGGACGGGGAUGGGUUCAUAGACUUGGGGGAGUUUAGUGUGGCGUAUAGCGGCGAUGGAGGGGUUACAAGGAGGGAGAUCCAAUCGGCGUUUAGGGUUUUUGACACAGACGGAAAUGGAAAAAUAAGCGCGGAGGAGUUGAUGGGGGUGUUGAGAAGGAUGGGGGAGGGGUGUAGCUUGGAAGUGUGUAGGAAGAUGAUCAAAGGGGUGGAUAAAGAUGGGGAUGAUUUGAUUGAUAUUCAUGAGUUCAUCACUAUGAUGAACCUUGUUUGAUUUUAUAUAUAUGAUCAAGAAUUAAUAUUUUGUUAUGCUUGUUUUUUUUUUUUUUUUUUUUUUUAAUUUUAUUAUUAUUUUCUUGGCUUUGAUUUCUUGGAACAAUUAAGGGAUAUAUAUAUAUAUAUAUAUAUAUGUAUGUGUGUGUGUGUGAUUUUGUUUGAUGUGUUUCAUGCUUUUAUCAUGGAAGUGUUAAUUGUUUGGUGAUUUCUCUUUCUCUUUGGAGAUUAAAAAUGAUGGGAUUUGUUU